AGAGGAACUGCGCUUCAGGUUGGAAGCGGUGCGAUCAUGGCCGAGCGAGUCCAGCAGCCCCCGGCCAAGCGGCUCUGCUGCCGGCCCGGCUACAACUCGGCGUGUAGGCAGGGGCAGCGGGCUGGAGGAGUCCCGUGCGGCGGCGGCGCUGGGUCCGCUUCGGGAGUGUCUGGAAACGGGAAAACGCACAACCCCGAAUCGCUGCUCGACAUCGCGGCGCGCAGAGUCGCGGAGAAGUGGCCGUUCCAGAGGGUGGAGGAGCGGUUCGAGCGGAUCCCGGAGCCCGUCCAGAGGAGGAUCGUAUACUGGUCGUUUCCGAGGAGCGAGAAGGAGAUCUGUAUGUAUUCCUCCUUCAACGCCGGCGGGGAGGAAAGUGGAUCUAGCGGUGACAAUAAUGACGAGACUCAGCUGCCUUUCCUGCGGGGUGUCACUCUGUUGGAGGGUGGCUGGGUGAACAACGUAUUGCAAGUCGGUUUCCAUCUGAGCGGCACAGUGACGGACCCCGCCACGCCCUCGUCCCCAGAGCUCGUGUGCAGCGUCAGCGUCAGCUUCGACCGCUGCAAGAUCACCGCGGUAACGUGCACCUGCGGAAACAAAGACAUCUUCUACUGCGCUCACGUGGUGGCGCUGUCGCUGUACAGAGUGCGGAAACCCGAGCAGGUCAAACUGCACCUGCCCAUCUCAGAAACACUGUUCCAGAUGAGCAGAGACCAGCUGCAGAAGUUCGUCCAGUACCUGAUAUCGGUCCACCACACCGAGGUGCUGCCCACCGCACAGAAACUGGCUGACGAGAUUCUGUCACAGAACUCUGAGAUCAACCAGGUCCACGGGGCCCCGGACCCCACGGCUGGAGCCAGCGUGGACGAUGAGAACUGCUGGCACCUGGAUGAGGAGCAGGUUCAGGAGCAGGUUAAGCUCUUCCUGUCGCAGGGAGGCUACCACGGCUCGGGCAAGCAGCUCAACCUCCUCUUUAGCAAGGUGAGGGAGAUGCUGAAGAUGCGUGACUCCAACGGAGCGAGGAUGUUAACACUGAUCACAGAGCAGUUCAUGGCCGACCCUCGGCUGGCGCUGUGGAGACAGCAGGGCACCACCAUGACCGACAAGUACAGACAGCUCUGGGAUGAGCUGGGUGCCCUGUGGAUGUGCAUCGUACUGAACCCUCACUGUAAGGCGGAGCAGAAGUCGUCGUGGCUGCGCCAGCUGCGCCGAUGGAACAGCGUGGAUGUCUGCCCCUGGGAGGAUGGUAACCACGGCAACGAGCUGCCCAACCUCACCCACUCACUGCCCCAAGGCGCUCAUGGCAACCAAGAGAUGCGCCCUCACAGGACUGUGUUCACGCGAGCCAUCGAGGCCUGCGACCUGCACUGGCAGGACCGACACCUUCAGCACAUUAUCGCCAGCGACCUCUAUGCCAACUACUGUUACCACGACAACCUGGAGGGCUCCCUUUUUGACUCACGUGGAUGGCCUUUAUGGCAUGAACAUGUCCCAACGGCUUGUGCUCGUGUAGAUGCGCUGCGCUCACAUGGUUACCCCCGAGAAGCCCUGCGACUGGCCAUUGCUGUGGUGAACACAUUACGGCGGCAGCAGCAGAGGCAGCUGGAGCACUUUCGACGGCACAAAAAAGAGUUACUCCACAAAGGUCAUACCUCCAUAACCAACAUGGAGGGCUGGGUGGGACACCCUCUGGAUCCUAUCGGUACCUUGUUCAGCACUCUGACGGAGUCGGGACGAGCAGGCGAGGAAGGCUCCAACAUCUGCUUAGACCUCUCAGACUGCUCCAGUGUCGUGAGCAGAGCCGACCUGCAGCGGAUGCCCGUGCAGCGAUUGCUGGGAGACGGUGAGUCGUACGCUGCGCUGGCAGUGGAGACGGCUCUGAUCGGCUUAGGCCAGCAGCGGGUGAUGCCCGAUGGGCUGUACGCUCAGGAAAAGGUGUGUCGGAACGAAGAGCAGCUACUGGCCAAGCUACAGGAAAUGGAAUUGGACGACUCCCUGGUGAAAAUCUUCCGUAAACAGGCAGUCUUUCUGCUGGAAGCUGGUCCGUACUCUGGCCUCGGAGAGAUUGUCCACAGAGAGAGUGUCCCAAUGCACACCUUCGCCCGCUAUCUCUUCACCUCUCUGCUACCUCACGACGCUGAACUGGCGUACAAAAUUGCACUGAGAGCCAUGUGGUUGCCCGUGUUGGAGUCCACAGCUUCAUCAGGUGAUCUCUCAAGACCACACCACAUUGUGUCUGUAGUUCCCAACCGCUACCCUCGCUGGUUCACCCUGAGCCAUAUAGAGUCUCAGCAGUGCGAGCUGGCCUCCACCAUGCUCACUGCUGCCAAAGGUGACAGUCGCAGGCUGGAGACGGUUCUGGAGUCCAUCCAGAAAAACAUCCACUCCUCGUCUCACAUCUUCAAACUGGCGCAGGAUGCGUUCAAGAUUGCAACUCUCAUGGACAGCCUGCCGGACAUUACACUCCUCAAAGUCUCGCUGGAGCUCGGACUACAGGUGAUGAGAAUAACCCUGUCCACAUUAAACUGGAGGAGGAGAGAGAUGGUGCGCUGGUUAGUCACAUGUGCCACUGAAGUUGGUGUCUACGCACUGGACAGCAUCAUGCAGAGCUGGUUCACCCUCUUCACCCCUACAGAAGCCACCAGCAUCGUGGCUACUACAGUCAUGUCCAACAGCACUAUCGUCCGCCUCCACCUUGACUGCCACCAGCAGGAGAACCUGGCUUCAUCUGCACGCACACUCGCCCUGCAGUGUGCCAUGAAGGACCCACAGAACUGCGCCCUCUCUGCUCUGACACUCUGUGAAAAGGACCACAUUGCCUUCGAGACAGCCUACCAGAUUGUACUGGACGCUGCAGCAACAGGAAUGAGCUACACACAACUGUUCACCAUUGCACGCUACAUGGAACACCGUGGCUACCCGAUGAGAGCGUACAAACUAGCGACGUUAGCCAUGGCUCAUCUGAACCUCAGUUACAACCAGGACACGCACCCAGCCAUUAAUGACGUACUGUGGGCCUGUGCACUCAGCCACACGCUGGGCAAGAACGAGCUGGCUGCUGUCAUUCCCCUGGUGGUGAAAAGCGUGAAGUGUGCCACCGUGCUCUCGGACAUUUUGCGGCGAUGCACGCUGACCACGCCGGGCAUGGUGUCGGCGCUGCACAGCCGCAGGAACUCUGGGAAGUUGAUGUCGCUGGACAAGGCGCCGCUCAGGCAGCUUCUGGACGCAACCAUCGGGGCCUACAUUAACACCACGCACUCGCGGCUUACGCACAUUAGCCCUCGCCACUACAGCGAGUUCAUCGAGUUCCUGGGAAAGGCCCGGGAGACUUUUAUGAUGGCUCACGACGGACACAUUCAGUUCACCCAGUUCAUAGACAACCUGAAACAGAUCUAUAAGGGCAAAAAGAAGCUGAUGAUGCUUGUGAGGGAGAGGUUUGGCUGAGGUGAGGCUGGGGGUCGUCAAACCCUCCUCUUCCAAGCUAGUACUUUUCUAUUAACUUGAGUCUGCCUUUUGAACUUCUUUUGAACUAACAGACACGUAAGAAGGAAGUGACUUGUAACAUGAAGCAAAAAGAGAAAGCAAAAGAUGACAAAAAAA